CCUUCCCGGACUUGGGUGUUCUGGGGCUGGGCAGCGGACCGCUCGCGCCGAAACUUAGGGAAGAGGGCUCUCGGUGCCCCCAUCAUCUCUUGCUUUGAUCUGCUUGACCCCUCCUAGCCGUCGGGCCGGCGUCCGCCGGUGCUGUUGGAGAUUUCGGAACGGAGAGGUUGCUUCCUUCUUAAGAGUCUACAGCCUGACCUUCAUCCUCGAUAAGCAGAUACUUCCUGGGAUCACAGUUAGCACUUCUGCUUCCUCUUAGCUGUGUGGCUUGGGGCAGGUGACUUACCUUCCCUGAAGAAACCAAAGUUUUCUUCUGCAGUACAAGAUGGCAGACGAUCAGAACUCUGUUGGGGAGCAGGGAGCUGGGGAUUCAAUAAGCGAAGAUAUAGUUGAUGCUAAGCCCGAUCGGUCAUCGUUUGUCUCAUUCUUAAGAGAAGAGGGGAACUCUCUGCCUGUCGUCGCGGGGCAAAGCCUCGUUCUGAUGCACAAUGGGGUGCUUUCGGAUGGAGACCCAAGUAAGAAGAGAGGUGGCUCCAGGAAAUCCUUCAAGAGCACCAAGGACCCCGAGCCUACGUAUAGGUAUGACAUGAACUACGAGAAGGUGGGCAGGUGCAUCAUCAUCAACAACAAGAACUUCGAUGACUCGACAAGGAUGAGUGUCCGGAACGGAACCGACAGAGAUGCCGAGUCCCUUUGCAAGAGCUUCAGAGCCCUCGGUUUCAGUGUGACCGUGUAUAAUGACUGCUCCUGUGCCAGUAUGCAGGAUUUGCUGAGACAAGCCUCCGAGGAGGACCACAGGAACUCCGCCUGCUUCGCCUGCGUCUUACUGAGCCACGGAGAAGAAAACUUAAUUUACGGAACGGACGGCUUGAUGGCAAUCAAGGACUUGACGGUCCAUUUCCGGGGGGACAGAUGCAAAACCCUGUUGGAGAAACCCAAACUCUUCUUCAUCCAGGCGUGCCGGGGCACAGAGCUGGAUGACGGGAUCCAGGCCGACUCGGGGUCCAUCAAUGACACAGAUGCCAGCCCUCGAGCGAAGAUCCCAGUGGAAGCCGACUUUCUCUUCGCCUAUUCCACAGUUCCAGGCUACUACUCGUGGAGGAACCCUGGAAGCGGCUCCUGGUUCGUGCAGGCCCUCUGCUCCACCCUGAACGAGUACGGGAAGAGCCUGGACAUCUUGCAGAUCCUCACGAGGGUGAACUACAGGGUGGCCAGGCACUUCGAGUCCCAGUCCGAUGACCCGCGCUUCCACGAGAAGAAACAGAUCCCAUGCGUGGUGUCCAUGCUCACCAAGGAGCUCUACUUCUCAAAGUGACCGUCCAGGGGUGCCACGUGGCCGAAAAGCAACGGAUCGUUUACUGAUGAAUCAGAUUCUUUCUUUCUUAAUGCUCUUGAAAUAUCCGUAAAUUCGAAAGGGUUUUUAGUUCAGGAAAAUUUGUUGAUUCAACAGGGAAAAAACUUUCUGGUGCUCUUUUAUGUCUUCGGAAUUUUCGGUGUUACCUAUUGGAUGAUUUUGUCAUUUCCUCUUACGGUUCUCUUUGGUUUGUGUUUCUCUUCUUGUCGCACAUUGUCCAUACAACAAAAACGACCUCUGCGGAUGACUCUCAGCUGUGUGCACUGUGACUAAGGGUGACAGUGGGGAGGCAGAGUCAUGUUGGUACCAGGCAAGGAGAGUCCCAGUGCUUGACAAAACGUCCAGGGGCGGGCCACCCCCUGUAUUGCAGGGAGGGUCUAGAUUGGGCCUAGAGUGUGGUUUGAGUGAUUUUCCAGUGACCCAGGGCAGAUUCCUAUGCAGAAAUUCCCAGGUAAGCUAAAGGAGAAAACAGUUAAAUGAUUCUAUUUUGCAUGUCAGGAUCCAAUCAGGAAAACAAACUAUUCUAGGUGUUUCAACAGAGGGGAUUGAAGAGAGGAAGUUGACUUGCGUAGAUGAUAGAAAGAGAAGCCAAAGGAAAGGCAGCUGUUCCACCGAGAGCUGUGAGGCAGUGUGGCUGCCGGACGGAGUCCAGAAGCCGGGAUCGUCCACGGAGCUGGAGCCGCCCUGUGGGGCUGCCUGGUGGGAGCGAGGACCAUGCAGGAGAGAAGUUACAGGGAAUGGAGCCAUGGCAGGGACAGCCACUGCUGAGAUGGGGCAACACCAGGCGAAUCAGACGUGAGAAGUAUGUGACUUCACCUCUGCUGCCCUCCAGUCUUAGUCCAGCACCUUCCGCUUCCAGCCUCACCUGGAAGCCAGUGGACAAGGGCACUAGGAAGUGUGUUUCCCUGCAAUACAGCAGAGCCAGGGAUAGUGAAUGGGGCUGGGGAGGAGCAAGAAGUGAGUAUACGCCUGUGCAUAAUGUGAACAGAAGUAACUUACUCCCUGAUGUUCAGCGAUUCCUCCAUUCAGCCCUAUAUUCAUUCCGUUGUCAGACUAUCUAUCGCCCGCUAUGUGCAAAAUAAUGUUUUAGCUUGAAUAGAUACUUGAAACUUUUUAGAUUAUUCCAAGCCCCAUUCCAAGUAAGCUUUUGUUAUCUCUGAUUCUCUUAAGUGGGGGGAAAUGUAGGGCAAAGGUUUUCACACUUUGUUUUCCAGCUGGUGGUAUCUUUUAAAUUCUUGACAAGUUUCUACUUUGUUCUGCCUAAUAACUGGCUAAAAAAAAUGUUCAUAUUUAUUGAUUAAAAUGUGA